CCAAGAGAAGAAGCCAGAGAUGGAGGGAAGGGGACCCAAAUUGUUGCCAAUAUGGAAGUAUAGAAGGGAAUUAGUGGCUGCUGUGGGAGAAAAUGGCUGUCUGGUGGUGACAGGAGAGACAGGGAGUGGGAAGACCACCCAGCUCCCCAAAUAUCUCUACCAAGAAGGUCUGGCAAAGCACGGGGCAAUCGCCGUGACGCAGCCGCGGCGAAUGGCCGCCAUCUCAGUUGCGGAGAGAGUGGCGGAGGAGAUGGGCUGCCCUUUAGGGAGCGUUGUCGGAUACCAGGUCCGAUUCGAAGAAUGCAUCUCGGAGGAAACGUCCAUCAAGUACAUGACAGAUGGCUGCUUGUUGAGACAGAUACUGGCAGACCCCCAUUUGACCAAAUACAGUAUUGUGAUCCUCGAUGAAGCGCACGAGAGGAGCCUGAGUACGGAUAUCCUGUUUGGCUUGCUGAAGCAGAUGUUACACAAGAAGAAGCCUCCUGAAAGAAAGAAACCCCUGAAAGUGGUGGUGAUGUCGGCCACCCUGGAUACCGACAAGUUCUCUGAGUUCUUCAACGGGUGCUUGGUGAUGGAUAUCCCAGGACGAAACUAUCCUGUUAAGGAGAUCUUCUGUGGUGCCCUGGGACCGAAAGAUGCUGAAAGUUCUGCAUAUGUUACAGAGACCAUCAAAGUGACCUUGGACAUCCAUUUGAAUGGCGCGGCCGGAGACAUCCUGGUUUUUCUGACUGGCCAAUCUGAGAUUGAAAGAACAUGCGAGUUGCUUUUCCAGAAAGCGGAGCGGAUCGAUUACCGUUUUGAUGUGAGAGAGAGUGCUGUCGAAGGGUUGCUUAUACUCCCCUUGUAUGGCUCAAUGCCGACAGAUCAGCAGAGAAAGAUAUUCCUUCCUCCGCCUCCGGGGAUAAGGAAAUGUGUGGUGGCCACCAACAUCGCCGCAACGUCUCUCACCAUCGAUGGGAUCAGGUUUGUGGUUGAUAGUGGGUUUGUGAAGCAAUUGAACCAUAACCCAAGAGUGGGCUUGGACAUGUUGGAGGUCGUCCCUAUUUCCAAAAGCGAAGCUUUGCAGCGAGCCGGGAGAGCUGGCAGGACAGCAUCUGGGAAAUGCUACCGGAUCUACAGCAAGGAAUUCUGGGAGCAAUGUAUGCCUGACCACAUGGUUCCAGAGAUAAAGCGAACCAGUUUGACAUCUGUGAUACUGACUUUGAAGUGCCUUGGGAUACAUGAUGUUAUCAGGUUUCCUUAUCUGGACCGCCCAGAAGAGAGACGCAUCCUGGAAGCCCUGAAGCAGCUUUACCAGUGCAGUGCCAUCGACAGGAGAGGCUACGUGACCAAACUGGGCGAGUUCAUAGUGCAGUUUCCCCUCCCUCCAAACCUAACUUGCGCCGUCAUCAAGGCAGCCUCUCUAGGCUGUGAAAACUUGCUGCUCCCAAUUGCCGCCAUGUUGUCGGUGGAGAAAGUCUUCAUUCGACCAGGCGAUCCUGAGAGCCAAAAAGAAGCUGAAGUCCGGCACCGAGAGCUGAUGUCGCAAGUGGGAGGCUGCAAUGACUUUGCCACUCUCCUGAACAUCUUUGAGCAAUGCAAGUCAAGCAAAUCCCCAUCGGCUUGGUGUCAGAAAAACUGGAUUCACUGGAGAGCGGUGAAACUUGCGUUCAGCGUGGAGGAGCAAAUUCGAGAAAUCACCAGCAAGCUUAAGCAACGGCCGGACUUUCCGAAAGAACAUUUUGACGGCUCGAGGAAUGAAAUAUUGAGGCGAUGUCUGUGUGCAGGCUAUUUCGCCAACGUUGCCAGGAGAUCGGUUGGCAAGUCGUUCUGCACCAUGGACGGCCACGGCAGCACCGUGCACAUUCACCCUUCGUCGGCUCUCCAUGGCCAGGAAGCCCAGCUGGAAUGGAUCCUGUUUCACGACGUGCUGGUCACCUCCAAGAUUUACGUGAGGACCGUGUGUCCCAUUCGCUACGAAUGGGUGCAGGGCCUGUUGCCCCGGCUUCAUAAGAUCGAUGCCUAUGAGCUGAGCAGCAUGGCGCGGGAAGAAGUGACCGAGGAGGAACUCGCCAAGUGGAAGGACAAGGAGGAUCUGGAGAGGUGGACUGAAAAAUCAACGGGCGAGUCUGUGAAGAAAAUGGAGAAAAGGAAUGACGACCAAUCUAUACAGGACGCUCGUACCCGCUAUUUGGAGAGGAAGCAACUCCGAACGCAGGGCUUAAGUACCCCUUCGAAGGACGUGAGCUAACCCAGGAGCUACAGCCUUGCCUCUGUUCCACACGCUCUCCAUCACCCGCUGCGAUAGGUACACUUGCUUGAGAUGAAUUUCCGCUGCUCACCUUGUUGGAUGGAGAAUGAGGGAGUUACAACCCAGGAGGACCUUAGGGACAUCACAUUGCAUUGGAAAGGUGAAGCUCUGUUGAUGGAUAUAAGGAUCAUCUAUAAAGGAAAAGCUCCAUUUGAGAGUCCUGCAGGCAGUGGCUCAGACCUGGAGAUUCUGUGGUAUUAAAAUGAUCUCUUGUACCUUUUUACAGAAGAAAUUCCCCUUUUUGUGCAACAGAUUAGGCAGCCCAUUGGCUUUUGCAAACACACAACUGUGUUGUACUGACUGCUAAGACACAAGUGACACCCAUUUGACAGCGGAGACACAUUUUAUGGAGGUUGCGUCCAUGUUACAAACACGAACCGUCUGCUUUCUUUCCAUGGAACAUACAUUGCACCCUGCAAAUUUGUAGCUAGGAGAGAUGGAUAGUUUCCUAAUAAUUCUGGGGCAAGAUUGGCAUCGUGAGACUGCAAUUCCCAUUAGUUCUGCCCAGUGAAGGGUUCUGGGAGCUGUAGUCCAACCCAAAGAAAUUGUGAUUCCCAUCCUACAGCCCAAAAACCCAUUUGUGCUCAUGGUGCACAAACCUGGAGGGAACGUUCUGGUAUUGGAAGGCAGUGCUGUUUGAAUAAACUCCAAGACUUUUGGCUGUCUUUGCUGUGCUCCUUCCAAGCCCUUUUAUCAUAAACCUGCUUAAAUAUUUAUAGCUCUUCUUAUAUGUGCUUCUUACAGUGUUUCCAUUGAUCUCUCUCUCUCUCUCUCGGUGGCGCACUUUGAAACUGGCAUACAGUGAUGGGACAUUUUUGUUUUAACCUUUCUAAAAAAGAAAACUGUUUAAAAAGCAAGUUUAACAAGCUUUUAUUAGGACUAUCUCCUUCCUUCCUUCCUUCCUUCCUUCCUUCCUUCCUUCCUUCCUUCUUUCCUUUCUGUUUGCUGUGUUUUAAUGUAAACGGCGCCUGCCUCUGGAUUUUUAAAUGUUUGGUUUUUCCCUUUUGUUAAAAGAAAUGAAGUAAUUUUUAUAUGUUUGCGAUAAAGGUUUGACGGCUCAUAUUGAGCUCCUUUUUCA